GGGCGCCUUUUCUUUUAUUUUCUUUACGUAAAUUCUGCUAAUCACUCCUGUUUAUUAUUUUUAUAAUUUCAAAUGAUGGAACCUGCAGAAAAGCCGCAAGAUCCGCCUGUUUCUGUGACCAAAACAGGUCCGAGCGUCGACACAUACCAACCGCAAACCAUCACACUCGCCGAGUUCCGCUCACUCACGCGCAACCAACAGAAAAAGCAUAUGCGUCACGAGCUUUGGGCCUCCCAAGCUGAGGAGUACAAGAGCAAGCAGCGGCAAAGAAACAGGGAGUGCCGCAAAAGACGCAACCAACGUCUAGCCCAAGAAGCCGCCGAAACGGGAAUCACUGCCCACCAGCGUAAGAAACAGAGACUUCAGGCGCAGGUGCGUUCGGGUCACUGCAUUGUGUUGGAUAUGGAUUUUGAGGAUAAGAUGGAAGAGAAGGAGAUCAAGUCUGUGUGCUCGCAGGUUAUGCGCUGCUACGGGGCUAAUCGCAUGGCGUCGAAGCGGGUUGAUCUGCAUGUGACCCAGUUGCAUGGCAAGAUCCGUGAGAGAUUUGAGACGGCGAUGGAUCAGCACGUCGGGUGGUCUGAAGACCACAUUGUUAUGCGCGAUGCUGAGUACAUAGAUAUGUACGAUAAAGAUAAACUAGUGUACUUUACGGCGGACUCGCCCAAUGUUAUCGACGUGUUGGAUCCCGAGAAGAUAUAUAUUAUCGGCGGUAUUGUGGACAAGAAUAGGUAUCCCAGGUUGACCCUGGACAAGGCCGAGGCUCAGGGAAUUGGACAUGCGCAGCUGCCUAUUGGCAAGUAUAUCAAAUUGAGCACGAGGAAGGUCAUGACUGUUAAUCAGAUCUUUGAGAUGAUUGUCCGGUUCGUUGACCAUGGGAGCUGGAAGACUGCAUUCCAGGAUGUCAUUCCGCUGCGCAAGUUCAAGGAGGGCGACAUUGAGGCCAAUGAUGACGAGAACGAUGACGACGACGAAAAUAACAACGAGGAGGAGGGUGAUGAUGAUGAUGCCGAGAAGGAUCAAGUCGUCGAGCCAACCCAGGACAUUGACGGAGCAGGAUCCGACCACAAAUAGAUAAACUCAAAACCCUUUAUUUACGAAAAAAAACAUAUUCAUAUUAUUAAACAGAGACUAUGUUGUCGACUUGGAAUCAAUGUCCCGUACAUUGGGCUGAUCCUUGAUAAGCUCGGCAUGCAGCGCCCGGGUCUCGUCGUACUCGCGGGCGUUCUUUUCGCGCUGGACCUUGCGUUCCUGAUCCCUUAUAACACCCUGGUACAUGGAUGCACGCUCGAGGCCCUGUGACUUAUGAACGAACCAGAUCGUACCCACUGCGAACACGCAGGAGCCCAGAAACGUCAUUUUGGCUGCCUUUGACAUUGUGACAAAUAAAAAUGGAGAGAAAUUCAAAAGAAAAAAUUCG